UCUCUCCCGUCUUUGAAGUCCCAGUUUUCCCACGCUGAAAGUGUCGCAAAAGCAGCCAAUUGGUUAUAUCGUCCGACCCCACUCCUUUGACGUGCUUCAACGACUCUCUCUCUCUCUCUCUCUCUCUCUCUCUCUCUCUCGGCCAUUCAUCAACUUGUCCACCAAUCACUUUCUAUUUUUCAUCAAAUGCAAGAGCUUAAAAGGGGAAAGAAAUUACAGCCCACAUCAUAAACCUUCUAGAUUAGACUCCCUUUUCCCAUAUUUGGAGGUUUCACUAACCUUCUACAGGCUUAUAUAAACAAGACCCACAUAUGUUCUCUCCACGUACGGGUGUCCACGAGCCUUGUGUCGAUACCAGAUUCAUGUGGGUCUGAUUUUUUAGUUGGGGAGUCGAGGAAGAUGGGUAUGUGGCUAUUGGCUUGGUGGGCCAUUUUUGUGAUUGGAGGUAGACCCGUCGUAGGAUCAGACGUGGUGUAUGAUGGACGGUCACUCAUCGUUAAUGGGUCGAGAGCAAUCCUCUUCUCCGGUUCUAUUCACUAUCCUCGUAGCACCCCUCAGAUGUGGCCAUCACUUAUAGCCAAAGCCAAGCAAGGAGGAUUGGAUGUGAUUCAGACGUACGUUUUUUGGAACAAACACGAGCCUGCACAAGGACACUACAAUUUCAAGGGAAGAUACAAUCUGGUGAGAUAUUUAAAGGAAGUUCAGGCACAAGGGUUGUAUGCAACCCUUAGGAUCGGUCCUUACAUCGAGAGCGAAUGGAGUUACGGUGGAUUCCCGUUCUGGUUGCACGAUGUACCGGACAUCAUCUUUCGAUCCGACAACGAGCCCUUCAAGUUCCACAUGCAAAAUUUCACGACGAAAAUAGUAAAUUUGAUGAUGGCAAAUGGGUUGUAUGCGUCCCAAGGCGGGCCAAUCAUACUCUCUCAGAUUGAGAACGAAUACCAAAAUAUCGAAGCAGCAUUCCACGAAGGAGGACCAGCUUAUGUUAAGUGGGCAGCGGAAAUGGCCGUGGGGCUCAAGACGGGCGUCCCAUGGAUGAUGUGCAAGCAGAGCGACGCUCCUGAUCCAGUGAUCAAUACGUGCAAUGGAAUGAACUGCGGAGAGACGUUCGCGGGGCCUAAUUCGCCUACUAAGCCAUCCAUGUGGACAGAGAAUUGGACAUCUUUUUUUCAAGUUUUUGGUGGAGAACCAUACAUAAGGACUGCAGAAGACAUUGCAUUCGCUGUCGCCCUCUUCAUUGCGAAGAACGGAAGCUAUAUAAAUUAUUACAUGUAUCAUGGCGGAACUAAUUUUGGAAGGACGGGAUCCGCAUAUGUCACAACGAGUUAUUAUGAUCAAGCUCCUCUUGAUGAGUAUGGUAUGAUCAGGCAACCAAAAUGGGGUCAUCUAAAGGAAUUGCAUGCUGCAAUAAAACUAUGCUCCAAAACAUUACUUUCAGGAACACCAACUAAUUUUUCCCUUGGUGAACUGCAAGAGGCAUAUGUUUUUGAACAAAGCAAGGGCGAAUGUGCUGCCCUCCUAUCAAACAGUAACCGUACAAAUAGUGCUACUGUGAAUUUUCGGAAUUCGUCAUAUGAACUACCACCGAGAUCAAUCAGCAUCCUACCGGAUUGCAAGAAUGUAGUGUUUAACACCGCGAAAGUAAGUGUACAAUCCACCAUCAGAUCAGCUACAGCUACCAAAAAGUUCGAUGGUGCUGGAAGAUGGAAAGAAUUCAAGGAUGCUAUCCCAAACUAUAAUGGAACUUCUCUAAAGGCAGAUGAGCUGUUAGAACACAUGAGUACGACGAAAGAUGUAUCAGAUUAUCUUUGGUACACUUUCAGCUUUGAGCAUAAUUCUUCUGAUGUUCAACCUGUACUUAAUGUGGAGACUCGUGGACAUGUCGUGCUUGCUUUUGUCAACAACGUCUUCGUUGGAACUGCACAUGGAAAUCCUAAAGUUCAAAGCUUUAAUCUCGAGAAUCCCAUAUCAUUGCAAGAUGGGAAGAAUGAUGUUUCCUUAUUGAGUGUGAUGGUUGGUUUGCCGGAUUCUGGGGCAUAUCUUGAGCAUAAGGUCGCCGGACUACGUAGAGUGACAAUUCGAGACUCGGAGUCUCAUAAUUUCACUAAAUAUGCAUGGGGAUACAAGGUCGGUUUAAUGGGAGAAGAUUUGAAAAUCUAUUCACGUUUGGGAGCAAGAGAAGUGCAGUGGAGUGCAGAUGGAAGCUCAACUAAUCAGCCCCUUAUUUGGUAUAAGACUAAUUUCGCUACUCCAGACGGGAGUGACCCUAUUGCUUUGAACCUUGGCUCUAUGGGGAAAGGUGAAGCUUGGAUCAAUGGGAACAGCAUCGGUCGUUAUUGGGUCUCCUUUCACACCCAGAAAGGAGUACCUUCACAAACACUGUAUCACAUUCCUCGGAGUUUUCUCAAGCCUUUGCGGAACCUACUAGUUCUGUUUGAGGAAAUUGGUGGAGACCCUCUUCAAAUCACCUUAGAAACCAUCUCAAUAUCUGGAGUAUGUGGGCAUGUGUCCGACUCCCAUCCUGCAUCCUCAGUUCCAUUCAGCGGACUCGAGCAAAGCAAGAGGCCUCCAACAGUUCAGCUCAGAUGCCCUCCUAGAAAAACCAUCUCAACUGUGGAAUUUGCAAGCUUCGGAACGCCUGUUGGUGAUUGUGAUAGUUACUCCAUGGGAAGCUGUCAUUCCGAGAAAUCCAAAGCAGCUAUAGAGAAGGCUUGUCUGGGGAAGAGAGGCUGCUCAGUCGCUUUGUCGAGCGGAAAUUUUGGGGGAGAUCCAUGUCCAGGAACAUUAAAAUCUCUGUUGGUUGAUGCAAAAUGCAAAUGAGUUUGUUGGGUUAUAAUUCAUUCUCAUUCAUUCAUAUUCUUGUAAAAAACAAGCUCCCAUCUAUAAGUUGGUAAGAAAA